UUUAACAUCCUGUUUUACACCCCUCCCCUCACUGGAAGUAAGCGCCAACCCAGCUGAAAGAUAACUGCCCUAUGCGUUUUUGCACCUCACUCGUAUGUUUCUGUACAGCUGUAAAGGGAUAGGAACUCGCUGGAUGAAUGUUUCAGAGAAUCACUCUGAAGUUAGUAUUGCUUGGCAACUCAGGGAUACUGGUGAGACAUGGAGGGAAGAAUAUGAUUGAACAGGGACAUGCAAAAUGUCUGAAAUGAAAUGAAAAGUGAAGAAAACAUGUGGAAAUAUACUUUCAGUGGGUGGGCAAGUCUGCCUUAAUGAAUCAGUAUGUGAACAAUCGGUUUAGUAGCCUCUACAGAGCCACAAUCGGUGCUGACUUUCUUGUCAAAGAGAUCAAGCUAGAAAACAAACAAGUCAUUGUGCAGAUUUGGGACACAGCUGGAACAGAGCGAUUUCAAUCCCUGGGGGCUGCACUUUACAGAGGCUCAGACUGCUGUUUACUGGUCUUUGAUCUGACAUCUGCUACCUCGUUCAAAGCUGUGGACAUGUGGAAGAAGGAAUUCCUUAUACAAGCCAAACCAUCCGAUCCACAACAUUUUCCAUUUGUUUUGGUGGGAAAUAAGACAGACCUGGAUAGUCGAGAGGUUUAUUCCCGAGUAGUUCAAGAAUGGUGUCAAAAUAACAAUGCACAGUACUUUGAGGUUAGCGCAAAGGAAGCUGUCAAUGUUAAUGAGGCAUUCAUAGCUGCAGUGAAGAUGUCGCUAAAAUAUUGGGACCAGCAUAAAGAAGAAGAAGAGAAAAAAACAGCAGAUUAUAUCCAGCUCGGCUCUGAUAAACAUCCAGACAAAUUCAAAGAGGCUUGUUCCUGCUAACGUCAGUGUAUUCAAAAAUGCAGCACUUGAGACUGCAUGAAGAUAACCCUGUCUGUGACAACUCAUGAAUAAAGGACAAUUAAUGUCAUGGAGCUCCAUUCUACAAAAUGGAGAAUCACAUUAAAUUUACCAGCUUCCCAUCAAAUGUUGUAGAAGUCAUUGGGGUGGGUUUUAAAAGUUUUAAAAUCAAGACCUUGGACUGUCUGAACUCCCAAAAUAGUGUUUUUUUUUAGGGUAGAUGAUAACAUGUUAUAUACAACACGAGUAAAGGACCAGUAUAAUUUAAUUAUUGUAUAAUGGAAGAGUGGUUUCUUAAGGGUCUCACCCAGAUGGAAAGCUCUCCUCCCAUUUACCUUCAUUUGUUGUAGAACACAAAUACUUUAGCCUUGUUACACAGCAGUUUUACAAAUUUGCUCCUGUUCCAGUUCAUUGAAAUAGAUAUUAUUUCAUUAUUUCACUGUAUUUAUUCUUUCCUGUUUCUCAUGGGUGUGUUUUUUUGCAUUGAGCAGUGACAGACAUACUGCUUAAUUGUGCCACGUAAGACAGAACAGCAUUCGUUAAUCACAAGAAGCCUUGAUGUAUCUUGUGAAGACUACUGUUUGUAUAAUCCAACAUUAGACCAGAUUGUAUCAUGAAGAUUGUAUUUCUACAGACUCAGUUCCACAUCCUGUCAUAUUUUCUGUCAGUUUCUGGUGUGCAAGUAAGCAAGUCAGUUGCUUUCUUGUGGUUGCAGCUGCACUAUUCCACAGGAGCCUAAUUUGCUGUCUAGUGUAAUGAGCAUCAUACAAGACACCCUCAUAGUUUAACGCAUAUAAAAUCAACAGGGGGAGUUUAUGUACCAGUUUAUGUAACAUUGGAGUCAUGUGGUAGAAGUAUGCCAAUCUGGCAGUACAUAAGAGUUAUGCCAUUCAUUUAUGAACAUGCAGAGGAUUUCCGGUAUGAUGAAUUAGUUGACUUCCUUCCAGCAUUGCUUUUCUUCAUGCCACUUCUGUCUCUUGAAGAAGAUAGUCACUCUUCAUUUGUCAUUAUGAUUUGUCCUAACUUGGACAUGGUGUAGCUACAGCAUUGCUCAUUCAGCUUUCUACUGCAAUGCUGCAAGUUUUAAACUCUGCUGGCAUAAGUUGGCACUACAAAACUGGAAAAGUUUUGAGAUGGGUCUACAGUCAGUGUGUGUUUGUUAAUGUGUCUAUAUAAAUACCUUUGAAAAACUGUAACAAAAGGCUUUACUGGCUCCUUGCUGCACCAUAACACUAAGACUGACUGGCAUUUAAUGAGCCACAAUUCGCAAUCCCAGUUGCAGCUACUGUUAUUAGUUGUCACCCCAACUUCAGCAUCGAUUGUAACCCCCUGUUUGUGCCUAGGAAUUCUGCCCUCUUCAGGCCAUCCCUAGCUAUGGCUUUGUGUAUACAUAUAUUGUGGAGCAAAACAAGGCAUAAAAGGUACUUUGUGCAAAGAGUAAUGCAUCUCAAAUAAAUGUUAAGUGUAAAACAUGUAUUUCAGAUGCAUAUCUAACCACAUUCUGGGGAAGCCAGAUAAAAAUUAAAAAAAAAAACUGUCUAGUGCUAAUUAGCUCUUUGCAUAAGUGCUACACUUUCCAGAUAGCGCUUUCUUGAAAAUUUUGUUUGAUUAAAUUGCAUUUUCUGUGCAUGCAUGGGUCAUGCCACUUCCAAUUCUAUUUUAAAUUUUUAUUUCCUUCACAAAGAAACCAAAACCUCAUGCAAUAUUAUGAAAUGUUUUCUGAGAUUCCUUUAUUUUUAAUUUACAAUGGCUAUUUUGAUUCUAAUUUAAAAAUUAAACUCGAGGUCAUUCUUUUAUCAAACCAUAUUGUAGGAAGUCAGUGUUAUGCGCCUGAACAUUCUGUAGCAGGUUUUACAGAACUCAUUAGUGUACUUUUUUUUACAUUGACUGUUCUAGUAAUAUGGCAGUUAUAUCUUUUUAAGGCUUAUUACUCCAGUGGAAACAGACUAAAGUGGGACUAAUAUUAAUUCUUUUGUUAGGAACUCAUAACAGUAAACAUAAAAUGAUUACUAAUCAGAUAAAUUAAUUUUUGCUAAGUUUUGCAUUUCUGUAUCAGCGCAACAAGAGUAUAGAUGUAAUUCUAAGAAUAAGGUAUAAAUCUCAGCAACAGAGUGCUUCCACUGUAGCAUAAAUCUCAGUAAUAUAGUAUUGCCAUUGUUUGCCUUCAUAUUAGUAAAUUGUAAAUAAAGUUGUAGAAUACUGUUA